AUGACAGACAAAGAUUAUGAUUUUUACGGAUACCAUACAAGCAACUCAUGGAAGGUAGAUAUCAUGCUUAAAGAAUUAUCAAUUGAAAGUUUUAACUAUACCGAGGUUGAUAUUGCUGCCGGUGAGCAAUUCAAACCAGAUUUUUUAAAAAUGAAUCCAAAUAACAAAAUUCCAGUAUUAGUAGAUAAUACUAUUUCCCCACCACUUGUUUUAUUUGAAUCCGCAACCAUUUUAGAAUAUUUGGCUGAUAAGUAUAAAAAACUUUUACCUGGCCUUGAUCGUCCAAGAGAACGUUAUGAGGUCCUUAAAUGGUUAACUUUUACUGUUGCUUCACAAGGUCCAAACAUGGGUCAGCUUUUGUUCUGGAAGAUCCACAACCAAGAAAAGGUUCCUGCUGCAAUUGAAAAAUCCCAAAAAGAAAUAGAGAGAAUUUAUUCUGUUUUAGAUGGUGUUUUAAAAGAUAGAAGUUAUAUUGCCGGUAGCGAGUUAUCAAUUUGUGACAUAUCUUGUUAUGGAUGGGGUAUGUACUUGAAAUUUGGUAUUGUCGUUGAUGGAUGGGAGGUAAAAUAUCCAAACUUCAAAAGGUGGGUAGAUUUAGUUGAAACUAGAGCUUCCUUUCAACAUGCAGUUAAGUUAGCCGAUGAGGCAAUUAGAAAUUGGCAGGCUUCUAAAAAAUAA